AUGUGCAAAGGUACAGAAAACGGAAGGUGCAAAAACAUCCCAACUGAAGAGAUUGCUUCAUUUGGUGCAACAAAGGGUUCAAGUUCAACAUCUUGUGAGUUGUGUGGCUUGCAGGCUUCAUUGUAUUGCCACGCUGAUAAUGCGUAUUUAUGUAGAAAAUGUGACAAAUGGGUUCAUGAAGCCAAUUUUUUGGCCCUUAGACACGUACGGUGCUUUUUGUGCAAAACAUGUCAGAACCUUACACAACGGUAUCUCAUUGGAGCCUCAGUGGAAGUGGUUCUUCCAGUCACCGCAAGAUGGAUUGUACAGAAAAAGAACCUUCCUAACAACAACACCGACAGAUAUUGUUCAAGAACACAAAACCUUCCUUUCACGUUUCUCUAG